GUGUGGGCGGGGGCUGCGGGAGCCGCAGUAGUUGACGCUCUGCCUACGCGCUCCUGCACUAGCGACACCGCUCUUGUGGGUAGAAGGUCGCGUGCGUUCCAGGAAGAGGAUCUUCUCCGGAAAUUAACAGAACAGAUUCUGCAGCUGAUCAAGGAUGACACUGGUGAGAACCCCAUGAGGGAGUGGAGUAGCCUGGACUCUUACCACAAGAGGGAGGUGUUAUGAAAGCAGUGUAGAGGUCCAGCGAGCAGCAGUGGGGGCAGGCAACCGACUGCUGCCUGAUGUGCAAAGAAGUCCUUUCAAAUUUCCAGGACUGGACUCUUCCUGAGCAAGCCAGAGAAGGACGCACCCUCACCAUGUGGCUCUACCUGGUGGCCUUCGUGGGCCUGUACUACCUUCUGCGCUGGUACCGGGAGAGGCAGGUGGUGAGUCACCUGAGAGACAAGUUUGUCUUUAUCACGGGCUGUGACUCGGGCUUUGGGAACCUGCUGGCCAGACAGCUGGAUGCACGAGGCUUGAGAGUGCUGGCUGCGUGUCUGACGGAGAAAGGAGCUGAGCAGCUGAGGCGCCAGACAUCUGACAGGCUGGAGACAGUGACUCUGGAUAUUACCAAGACGGAGAGCAUCGCUGCAGCUACCCAGUGGGUGAAGGAGCAUGUGGGGGACAGAGGACUCUGGGGACUGGUGAACAAUGCAGGCAUUAUUAAACGAGUUUCCUUAUGUGAGUGGCUGAGUAUUGACGACUCUAUGGAUAUCCUCAAAGUGAACCUCAUUGGUGUGAUCCAGGUGACGUUGAGCAUGCUCCCCUUGGUGAGGAGAGCACGGGGAAGGAUUGUCAAUGUCUCCAGCAUUCUGGGAAGAAUUGCUUCCUUUGCAGGAGUCUACUGUGUCUCCAAGUUUGGAGUGGAAGCCUUUUCAGAUAUUCUGAGGCGUGAGCUUCGACAUUUUGGGGUGAAGAUCAGCAUAGUUGAACCUGGCUACUUCAGAACGGGAAUGACAAACCUGACACAGUCCUUAGAGGGAGUAAAGCAAAGCUGGGAGAAAGCCCCCAAGCAUAUUAAGGAGACUUAUGGACAGCAGUAUUUUGAUGCCUUUUACAACAUCGUCAAGGAAGGGCUGUUGAGUUGUAGCACAAACCUGAACCUGGUCACUGACUGCAUGGAACAUGCUCUGACAUCGGUACAUCCACGAACUCGAUAUUCAGCUGGCUGGGAUGCUAAAUUUUUCUUCAUCCCUCUGUCUUACUUACCUACAUCAUUGGCAGACUACAUUUUGACUAGAUCUUGGCCCAAACCAGCGCAGGCAGUCUAAAGAAAACUGGCUUGGUGCUUCAUGAAAUGAAGACAAAAAUCUGAAAUUAGUUGUUAGUGUUUCAGCAAUCCUGAUUUAGAACCUAGGCUUUUUGUAACCGUGUGCUUUCUUGCCUAAAUUCAUUUAUCUGGCAUCAUCGGAGGACUAACUAUAUUUCAGAUAUCCAAAGUUUACCAUUUCUUUAGGUGAUGAAUCUUUACUACUUUAACCCUUUUUUGGUGAGACUAUUUCCAAAGUGAAUCAUUUAUUCUUGCCUUAUUAAACAGAGUAGAUGGGAAACAAUUUAACCUAUUUUGAUGUCAUUUCUUUAUGUAUAUGAAUAAUUGUUCUAUGCUGUAAUAAUCUAUUGUGAAGAGAUUACUAAGGAAUAUGUUGGUGUGCUUGUCCUUACUUGAAGUGGCUCUGUAUUAAAAAAGUAAAUAUUUACUUUUAAUAAAUAUUUGAUUUUUCUUUCUCUUCAA